AUGGCUGCGCAAGGUAUGAGGCUCGCGACUAUGCUCGUUGCUGCGCAAGAAGUGAAUCUUGGGGGUACCUUCAGGGCUUCUCACAUAGUCAGGCUCGCAUCUAUGUCUGCGGCUGCGGAAGUGACUAGACUUGCAACUACGCUCGCGGCUGCGUAUGUGACUAAACUCGUGACUACGCUCACGGCUGUGCAACCGCCGACGAAUUUUGAUAUAUUGACUGAUCUUAAAUUCUGGGCACUUGAAUUCCCAGCUAGGUAA